CAUUUAAUUUGUCAACCGGAUCAAUUACACUGGCCAACAAAAAAAUAAUUUUUUUUUGCUGCCGAGGAUAUUUUUACGAAUUUAUAGUAUAUCGGGUGUGCUGGUUUCAGAAAUGACAUUAGUUUUCCACGAUUGGCUCUAGUUCUUGAGAUAAAGGGUGUUCCAGAUAUAUUCUUAUACAAAUAUCUUCGUUCAUGCAUAUUUUACAAACACAAUGAGUUCUUCACGAAGAGGAUGUUUGAAUAACCCCAAUGCAUUCUGCCACAUCUGUGGUGAAUAUUGCCAGGAGAGCCAAAGAAGAAAUAUUACUAACUUUGUGAAGCAAGCAUAUCUGGCAUACUUUGGAAUGAAACUCGGAGACCAAGAUAAGUCUUGGGCUCCCCAUAUUGUAUGUAAAACGUGUGUCGAAAAUCUACGUCAGUGGAAAAAUGGACAAAAAAAAGGUUUAAAAUUUGGUGUGCCUAUGGUAUGGCGGGAGCAAAAGAAUCACGACAGUGACUGUUAUUUUUGUUUGGUUAAUGUGAAAGGUAUCAAUCGUUUCAAGAAGCGUAAAUUUGAGUAUCCGGAUUUGGAAUCAGCAAGGCGACCAGUACCACACUCAGACGAUGUCCCCAUUCCAGUGUUCACUACACUCCCAGAUCUAACAGUGUCUGAUGAAGAAGAUAUGCAGAAUUUGGUGUGCGAACAUGCAGAUAGUGGUAGUGAAUAUGAAGACAGUACUUCUAAACAGCAACAGUUCUCCCAGGAAGAGAUCAAUGAUUUAGUACGAGACUUAAGUCUAUCCAAGCAAGAUUCUGAGCUUUUAGCAUAUAGACUAAGUGAAAAGAACAGUUUGAAGGCCGAAUGUGAAAUAACUUUUUUCGGACAAGAGAGGCAGCACUUCUUCCAUAUUUCAUUCAAGAAGAAAAAAUAGUAUACUGUUGGAACAUCCCUGGACUCCUCCUCCAAAUGGGGUUACCUGAAUACCGACCAGAAGAUUGGCGAUUGUUUAUAGAUAGUUCGAUGAGAAGUUUGAAGUGUGUUUUAUUGCACAAUAGCAAUAGUUAUGCAUCCAUCCCAAUACUUCACUCAACAAAACUGAAAGAGGAAUAUGAAAAUAUAAGAAUGAUAUUGCAGAAGGUUA